CAUCAUCGCCGCGCGCCGCCGCCCCGGAGUGACGCGCGGGCUGCCGGCACCUGCCAGCAUGGAGGAGGCGGGGGCAGGCGGCGGCGGAGCCGCGGCCCCGGCCCUCGCCGAGCUGCUGGCGGACGAAUGUUAUGCUGACUUCUUCAGAGAAGACUUUGAUGUGAAAGCUUACACUUCCCAGUCUAUCCAUCAGGCUGUGAUAGCUGAGCAACUGGCAAAACUUGCCCAAGGUAUUAGUCAGUUGGAUAAAGAGCUUCAUUUACAAGUUGUAGCAAGACAUGAAGACCUGUUGGCCCAAGCAACUGGAAUUGAAUCCCUGGAAGGUGUCCUCCAAAUGAUGCAGACUAGAAUUGGUGCUCUACAAAGUACUGUUGAUAGAAUUAGAGUCAAAAUUGUUGACCCCUACAACAAAAUAGUGUCUCGCACAGCUCAGCUAGCAAAACUUCAAGCUGCCUGUGACUUGUUGCGGAGGAUAAUACGCAUCUUGUAUCUCAGUAAGAGGCUUCAAGGACAACUGCAAGGAGGAAGCAGAGAGAUAACAAAAGCUGCCCAGAGUCUCAAUGAACUUGAUUACCUUUCUCAAGGGAUAGAUCUCUCUGGAAUAGAAGUAAUUGAAAAUGAUCUGCUUUUUAUUGCAAGAGCUCGGCUUGAGGUGGAAAAUCAGGCUAAAAGGUUGCUUGAGCAAGGUGUGGAGACUCAGAAUCCUACUCAAGUGGGAACUGCUCUUCAGGUUUUCCAUAACCUUGGGACUUUGAAGAAUACCAUUGCUAAUGUGGUAGACGGAUACUGUGCAGUCCUGGAGGAGAACAUAAAAAAUGCUUUGGAUAUCAAAGUAUUGACCCAACCAUCUCAAACUGUUACAAGAGGUGGCCCUGGUAGAGCUGCUAUGCCAACACCUGGGAACACAGCAGCUUUUCGAGCAGCCCUCUGGACAAACAUGGAGAAACUCAUGGAUCAGAUCUGUGCUGCUUGCGGACAGGUGCAGCAUUUGCAGAAAGUAUUGACAAAGAAAAGAGAUCCUGUGUCACAUGUCUGCUUCAUAGAGGAAAUAGUUAAGGAUGGCCAGUCUGAUAUUUUGUACAAAUUCUGGACUGCAGUAACUCAGACACUUUCCUCUCAGUUUCAGUCAGCAACAGACUCCUCUAUGUUUUUGAAACAAGCUUUUGAAGGAGAAUACCCUAAAUUACUGAGGCUUUACAAUGACUUGUGGAAGCGCCUGCAACAAUAUAGUCAAAAUAUUCAGAGGAAUUUUAACACAAAUGGAACUACUGAUCUCUUUGCUGAACUACAACAAAUGGAAGAAGAUACACAGGACAUAUUCAUGCAAAAAAACCAAGAUUAUGAUCCAGAAAAGGCAUUGAAAGAUUCGUUGCAACAGUAUGAAGCUGCUUAUUUGUCAAAAUCCUUAUCUCGGCUCUUCGACCCCAUCAAUCUUGUCUUCCCUCCUGGAGGUCGGAAUCCUCCUUCUUCUGAUGAGCUUGACAGCAUCGUUAAAACUAUAGCCAGUGAGCUAAAUGUGGCUGCUGUUGAUCCAGACCUGAGUUUAGCUGUGGCAAAAAAUGUGGCAAAGACCAUUCAGCUCUAUGGUGUAAAGUCUGAGCAGCUUCUUUCUACUCAAGGAGAUGCCAGUCAGGUGAUUGGACCUCUCACAGAGGGACAGAGGAGGAACGUGGCCGUGGUGAAUUCACUGUACAAACUGCACCAGUCGGUUCUGAAGGUCAUUACCAACCAGAGCUCAUUUCCAGCAGCCGCUGAGCAAACAGUCACAACUGCAUUAAAGGCAGUCCAUGAUCUAAUGGGUAGUGCUGUUCAACCGUUACUGAACUCUGUAGGAGAUUCAGUAGAAGCUAUUAUCAUCACUAUGCACCAGGAAGAUUUUUCUGGAUCAUUAUCCAGCUCAGGAAAACCAGAUGUCCCUUGUUCUUUGUACAUGAAAGAACUACAGGGUUUUAUAGCAAGAGUCAUGAGCGACUACUUCAGACAUUUUGAGUGUUUCGACUUUGUCUUUGAUAACACUGAAGCCAUGGCUCAAAGAGCAAUUGAACUUUUCAUUCGCAAUGCCAGUCUAAUAAGACCCCUCGGUGAAGGUGGGAAGAUGCGGCUUGCGGCGGAUUUUGCACAGAUGGAGUUAGCAGUAGCACCACUGUGUCGGCGAGUCUCUGACCUAGGAAAAUCUUACAGACAGCUGAGGUCAUUCAGACCGCUGCUGUUCCAGACCAGUGAGCAUAUUGCCAGUAGCCCAGCUCUGGGAGAAGUUAUUCCAUUCAGCAUUAUUCUUCAGUUCUUAUUUACAAGAGCACCACCAGAGUUAAAAUCACCCUUCCAGAGGGCUGAGUGGUCCAUUGCCCGCUACUCCCAGUGGCUUGAUGAUCAUCCAUCUGAAAAAGACAGGCUUGCUCUCAUACGCAUGAAGGGUGGGAUUUACCUGGCCAGAGGUAUAUCACCUAGACUGCCUUUAUAGUCAACAGAGAGAAACAGGCGCUGCUGGGGCUGAUUCAUCUCAUCCUGAAUGGUGCCCUGGAAGCCUACGUUCAGUCAGUGAGGACAAGAGAGGGGAAGGAGUUUGCCCCUGUCUAUCCCAUAAUGGUUCAGCUGCUGCAGAAAGCGAUGUCAACCCUUCAGUGAACAUCUCUGGGCAACCCCCUCAGCACGGGGAAGAGACAGUAACACGCUCAUGGCUCUUCAGUGCCCCACACAUACUUAUGGUUCAUGUAAAUUACUCCCAGCUACCCAAGCUUCACAAUGAAAUGUGGUUACCUACUUCAUCUGUGAAACUUGUGUCUUCCUGCUUUACAUUUGCAUUAUAGGAACUUAGAUUAUAAAGGAAAUUGUACAACUUUUAUGUGCCGUAAGUCUAUACUGAAUAAAAAUGUUCUUUAGCAUUCCUUUUGAAUUUAGAAGGUAUAAAAUUAGCAUAUACUCAAAUAUUAUAGUGUAAUUGCUGAGUAUCUCAAGGAAUUAGCUCUUUUCCUACAUGUGUAAUUUUAAACAGUUGGAUACAGAAAAUCAUACUUUUGAUGCUAGAAUCAUCAGUUUCCAUCUAAAAAUCACUAAUUUUAACACAAGGAAAAAUAUUUAUAAAUAAUGUAACCAAUUCUCUGUUGCACUAUUUGCUUUGAAAUAAUUUAUAUUGAUUUCAACUCUCUUUUUGCUUUGACUGUAAUAAAGAACAUUGACUAUCCA